AUGACCCGAAACGGACCAGCCAACUUCAUUCAACCGGCACAGCAACAGGGCGCAGUGAUGAUGGUCUACGGACUCGGUACCGCCAUGGUCCAGAUUGGAGACGCCAUCGCAGUCGAACCAGUCGAACGCAGCAUCCAGCACUUGAACAACAUUGAAUUGAUGGAAAUGAUGUACCUCCAAGAACAAUCGCUUCCAUUCCCGAGCAAGCUUCUCCACUUCUUCAAUACCCCACCCGGUAUGUCCGAGGAUCUGCUUCUGACUGCAUUCACUACCAAGGACUGCCACCCGUCGCAAGUACGAAUGUUCCCGCUGAAAUCGGAACGUUCCUCCUUCGGAUUGAUCGAGUUCCCGAGUGAAGCCCUGGCGGUGAACGCCAUCACAGCGCGAUGGGUCACAAAGGCACAAAAUUCCCGUUCUUUAUGA